UGAGGCCGCUGCUGCGCGCGGUGCCAGCAGAAAUUCGCCGACCUUGAGUUAUUCUCGGCUUAGUGGCAAAAUUUCACGCCAUGCGCGACCACCCCCGCGUUUUUGUGUGUAUGUGUGCUUUUGCCGAAGCUUUACGCGGUGACGGCGGCGGCGGGUCGUUAUUCUUCGUGAAGAAUAGCGUAUACGAGUGAUCGAAAUAUGUGUAUCGAGCUUGAUAUCAUUUCGGCUGAGUUAUGGCGGGAUGCAUAAAGUUUAUUGUGUUGGGAUAUAAAUGUAUUCAUGGCUUCUGCAGAUCGCUUCGAUACUCCUGGAAUGGCUUUACUCGCGUAUAUCCGUGUGUCAACGACUUUGCUGUGAUGUAUAGGUACUUACGCAAUUUUUAAAAUAAACAAACUCUGUCGCAAACAAUUUCGCUCCUUUAUAUAAAUUAAUAACAGCCGAUAACGUCACGCGCACUGCAAGUGACUGCAAAUUUUGAACCAAGCGGAAAAAUAAAAAGGACGCGAUUGGAUGUGAGCAGCCGGACGAUGAUUCAUACGCGAGAGCUGCGCGAAAAAAUCGGCAAAUAGCGCGGUCACACACGCUCGUAUCGCCUACUAUACCGAUUUAUAUACUAUACUAUACUCUCGGCUUUCACUCUCACCAUCGAUCACGGCCUUUUUUCGCGCAUCCAUAUUUUUUUCCUAGUUCAUCCGCACUCGACGCGCGAAUUCCGGCGGAUCUGCAGCAAUGGCUUUCGGAAUUAUCGAUAUCGCCGCGGGCUAAUUACUUUAUUGAACUCUGUGUGUAUGUAUAGCUCGACUCGCGCGCAACCUAGAUUUAUCGCGCUGCUUCUUCUCCUAUUUCGCGCUCGAUCGAGAUUAAUUACUUUAUUCAGACGAGUGACUACUAUACGAUAUUAUUUAUUGUGGCCGCCAUGGUUACAAGGUGAGAGAACGAUUAAUCAGAAGCGAAGCCGCAUGAGUGAUGUUUUUCGGUUGUAGUUUUACGCUGGUCUCAUCGGAUCGUCUCCUUUUAAUUUGUUGUAUAUAAAGGGAAACGGAAUUCCGGGGAUAUUGGUUGCGCGCGUUAAAAUUGCUUUCCGAUCGGUCGAUAAACAAUUUUCGAUUUGUUUUCGUAAUGACUGCAGGAAAGCUAUCUUUCGCUCUCUCUCCCUCUCGCGACCCGUUUCAGCCUUGCAGAAAGCACUUAUUUGCUCGAUAUUACAUUUUGAUUAUUGGAAAUCGAUUUUUACUCGAUCUCUGUACAAAGCGAGAGUGAACUAAAUAUGAAUACAGAUUCGGCCUUUCGAUUAUGAUUUUUAAAAAUCGCCAACGAUGAAUAUUUAAAUCGAGUACAGCGCAUAUUUUGCAUCGUUCUCCAAUCGAGUCCGACGAACAUUUUUCGGAUCCGGCUCGACAACUGCAGCUUAGGCCCUUCGCCGUAUACAGCCCUGCCCUAGUGCAAAAUCCCCGUCCCAUCCUCAAGACAAUUGGUGCAAUAAAAACGUCUCGGCGGCUCUGCGGGGAAUCGGCCGCUUACCUGUCUCUUAUACGAAGACCGUAAUGACCUCUAGACUAGACCGGACCGCUCAUGCGAAAAUCGCCUAGUCGAGACCGGAGCGCUCGGGCCGAAAAGAGGGCUGGGUCGAAGCUUUGGGUACGGUCAAGUUUUUGCCCGCUGUCUAUCUGGGACCCCUCCCAUCUAAGCUGCACUCAGGUAGUCGGUCAUAAACGCACAGUACGCAGGUAUAGUGUCGUACGUGCGUCAUGAGAAUUCGGCAACGCCGCAGUUGCUGAGGUACAGUAUAGGUAAGUGCUCCGCGUCUACGAUCGGAGAUCGUUAGUCUGCUCGAGUCCACCGAACCGGCAGGGUCUUCUUCCUAGUUGCACAGCAGCGGAUCGGAAAGUCGUCUUUCGAAUAAACACGAGGAAACAAGAUGCUUUCCAACUACAAAUACCAAUGCGUCGACAGCAGCGACUACAUGCUCUACCUCUUUGUGAAGGCGGGCGAAGUGAAGAGGGCGCGCAGCGUCCUCACUAAAAUCUGCAGGAGUCGAUCCCUCCCCAGCGGCCAAGUGAAGGAGCUUCUCCACGCUGCCGUGCAGACCAACGACAAGGCGAUGGUGCAGCUUAUCCUUGACCAAAGGCCGGUCCUCAGCAGAGAGUCUCCGAACGAGGAGUUCUCGGUCCUGUGGACAGCUGUGUUUUUCAACUACCAUAACUCGGCGGAGCUUCUCCUGCGUUCCGGCGCCGACAUCAACGAACGCAUCGGGCCUGGUACCCCGUACGAUAAGGAGUCGACGAUUCUCCACGUGCUCCUCCAGAAGAUCGCCUCCAACUUGAACAAGAAGCUCAUCAGACUGGUAGUCGAGCUCGGUGCCGACUUGGAAGCUCGAGACUCCAUGGGUCGAACUCCCCUGCACAUAGCAACGAUCAUGGGCUGUGUGCGCUUUGUCGACCUGUUUAUUCAACGUGGCGCCGACGUCAACGCCGUCGAUGACAGAAACGAGACGGCACUGUUCACCGCGGUGAAAAUGCGUAAAGCCGAGAAGCUCGUCUCGCUGCUGAUAAGCCACGGUAUAGACAUUAGCCUCAGCAAUAAGUACGGUAUGAACAUCUUGCACCACCUGGCUUGCGUAUCGACCGAGUUUGUAGAUAUAGCCAGGAGCCUGAUACAAAAGGGCGUUUCGCUUCAUCAGAGAGAGGCGCAGCAUCGGUACCAGCCCAUUCACACCGCCGCCAUGAAUGGAAAGAACGGGUUGAUCGAGCUCUACGUGGCUCACGGCGCCAACGUGAACGCGCAAGCUAAGAACGGAAAAUUUCCACUCUACCUCGCAACCAAAGCGGAGUUGCCCGAGACCGUAGAGUUAUUGUUGGAACUCGGCGCUAAAGUCGAGCUUCGGACCAGGUACGGCCGCACAGCGUUGCACAGCGCUUGCUACAAUCGUCAGGAGUCCUGCAUCAGGAUCCUCCUGUCAGCCGGCGCGGACAUUCUCGCCGAGGACGACGCGGGCUACUCGCCUUUCUCUCUUAUUGAUAAUCCAAACGUAACAUGUGGCUGCACCAGGCGAAUGGUCAAGGAAAUGGCUCUGAUAAAGACUCUCCGGCCGGGCGUCGAAGUGAAAGACGAGAAGUUAAUCCAGGAGAAGCAGAAGCUUUGGGAUUACUAUCAGGAGUGCCUCCGCGAAAUCGCCAGUAUGAAAGCAAGGAGAUUCAUCAGAACGUGCGCGUUCUUCGACAUGUUAACGAAGAAUCACCGGGCGAUCGGCUACCUAAUGCUUAAUCCCGAAUUCAAGCGGAAUUUCAGCAGGUACGAUCUUAACCACGAGUUCCCUAUAUACUCGGAACACUUGCUGAGGGCCUUCGGGCACGCGGAGUACUGUUACCAUAUAAUAAUUGAACAGGAGGAAUCAAUCGACGAGGCUGCUUUUGGACGUUUGCCUUACCCAAUCGUGAGGAGGCUCGCUCAUUAUGUGUGUCCGAGGCACAUUUUUAGGGACAUUGAAGAGGUUGAAUGAGCGUUUGGCGGAGUAUCGAGUGCGAAGCGCGUGUUAUUUUUAUUUUUUUUUUUAUAAGAAGAGAUUGUUAGAAAUUAAAAUAUAAUCAACCGGUGGCGAAGCAAAUAUGUACACUUGAUGACUAGUAUUGUUCGAUUAUUUUUGAUGAGAUUAGUUCUAGGAUAAUUUUUGAAAAACAGGAGCAAAUAUUUACCUUUAAUUAUCGCACACUAUGCAAGAAGGAUUUAGUGUCUCGCGUGUACUAGCAUAGUUUGAGCGAACUGCCGUUGACUGCAAAUAUUUUCGGAAAAUUCUCGCGUUAUUUUGUUAAACAACGUUACUCCGUUGCGCGCAGCUUCGAUUAUGUAUGCAGUAUAAUGUAGUUUCCUUGCAGAGCCCGCGAGAAAAUGAACUACACUUGUUGUUGCUUGCUGAAAGUUGCGAAACUACGUAGGAUCUCUACUGUUUACUUGUAUUCCCCUGAAGAGUUCAGCGAGUUUGUUUUUCCAUAGCUCGUCAUUGCGCAGAAGUGACUUUUUUUUGUAAGUGUAAAAACAUUAUAGAUACUCGAUUUUGUUUUGCAAGUCAAAUCGGCUCGCUGUUAUUACUGUAAAAACCGUUAUAUUAUUGUUUCGAUGUAUUGAGAAUAAGCGGUGGAAUAUAGAAAUCAAAUUAAAUUGAAUUACGUAUCAUUGACGUCGAUAAAACUUUGAAUAAACGCGAACAUCCCGCUAUGACUUGACUCAACUUAGAUUUAUUCAAACAGAACUCGCCGUGAGAAUGUAGAUCGCUUAUAAUGAGACAAAAAUAAAUAAACGUUCUCCUGUAUA